AUGGGGCAGCCGCACUUCUCGAGACCGGUAAAUCCAGCUGCUUUCGCCGAAGAGGCGGAUCACCCCCCAGCUGAUGCCAGCAUGGGGGUAGACGUUUUGGAAUCGGGGGACACCACACCUCCGACGAAGAGGAAAAGCAAGUUCUCGAGCUUUGGCAAGAUCUUCAAACCUUGGAAGUGGAGGAAAAAGAAAAGCAGCGACAAAUUUAAAGAGACUUCAGAAGUUUUAGAACGAAAGAUUUCUAUGCGAAAGCCAAGAGAGGAGCUGGUAAAAAGAGGGGUUCUGUUGGAAGACCCUGAGCAGGAUGGUGAAGAACCAGACAAGCUGAACCCACCUGCACUGAAGAAUGGCCACACAGUCCCAAUCGGUGGUCCCGGGGUUUGUAACCUGGCCAGCCAGGAAGAAGAGGCCACAAAGCCAUCUAGCCUUCGGAAGCCUGUUCCAGCUGAGGAACCAAAGAAAAGGCAGGGCUCAUCCAGCAGCCAACCUGGGCCCGAACUGGAACCACCUCAGGAGUCCAGACAGCCUCUGCUUCCUCCAAAAAGACCUCCUUCCACUUCCCAAGAAGCAAACGAAGCGCAGGCGAAGGACCCAACGCCUGCCAGCAGCACUGCAAAAACUGCAUCCUCCACCACUGCCCCUGUUGCAGCAAAGACAGUGAAUUCCACAGCUGCCCCUUCCCCAGCCCCCAGGACACUGCCCCCUGCUCUUUCCAGUGCCAACACUACUGCUCCCACGAGUACAACCAGCACAGCUCCUGCCAAACAGCCUCCCGUCCCUCCUCCCAAACCCGUCAACAGAAAUAGCAACUCAGUAAUAGCUGAACUUUCUCAAGCAAUGAACAGUGGUACAGGCUUGUCCAAGCCUUCCCCUCCUCUCCCACCGAAGCGAGGCCUCCUGCCUAGCAACACGUCAGAGUCAGCUAUCGCUUCCAAGGCCCCAAACGACAGGACAGUGACAGCUAACCGCCCCGCUCCGAUAUCGAUACACAUGACCUCUGCUUACCCACCACCCUCGCCUUCACCGCCGCUGCCAACGCACAUACCCCCUGAACCUCCACGCAUGCCCUUGCCUGCCUCCACCCCUGUCUUGGACCCUCCACGCUCCCUGGACCUGCCCAAAGAGACUCCUCCUCCUCCUACUGAAGACUUCAGGUCCUUGGAAGUGUCCAAGAGGACGGCAGAGCAGGGGUUUGAACCUCACGUGCUGCCUCGCCUGCCCCAAAUCCCAUUGCACAUCCGUAUCCAGCAGGCUCUGGCCAGUCCUCUGCCCGUCACCCCGUCUGCUGAGGGCUCGCACAGGGCUCACUCGCUGCUCUUCGAGAACGAUGGCUUUGGAGAAGACAACAGCACCAUGGGCAGGGCGAGGUCCCUGCCCGUCACCAUCGAGAUGCUCAAAGUUCCAGACGAUGAGGAAGAGGAGGAAGAUGACCAGGAAGAGCAGCAGAAUUCAGGCCCUCGUGUGUAUAUUGGAGAUGUGCCAUCUGUCACAGUCAUCCCAAAACUGGUACCCCAAGUCCUGCCAGAGGAGCAGGAAGGAGAUGAAGGGAUGAGCGACUCUGACUCGGAGGGGCCCAUCCUGUACAAAGAUGACGAGGAUGAGGAAGAAGAUGAAAGCCAUAACAGCACGCUGGCUAACAAAGUGAAGAGGAAAGACACGCUAGCUAUAAAGCUGGGGAACGCAACCACGCCGCAGGAGUUUUUUUUGAAGAGCAAGGAGGAGUGGAAUGAAAUUCGGCACCAGAUUGGGACGACGUUGAUCAGGCGACUGAGUCAGAGACCGACAGCAGAAGAACUGGAGCAGAGGAACAUACUUCAACCGAAAAAUGAAGCUGACCGUCAAGCUGAGAAGCGAGAGAUCAAACGCAGGCUCACCAGAAAGCUUAGCCAAAGGCCUACAGUGGCAGAGCUGCAGGCCAGGAAGAUCCUGAGGUUUAACGAGUAUGUGGAAGUAACAGAUGCUCAAGACUACGACCGGCGAGCAGAUAAGCCAUGGACAAAGCUAACCCCAGCUGACAAGGCUGCCAUCCGGAAAGAGCUGAAUGAGUUUAAGAGCUGUGAAAUGGAAGUCCAUGAGGAGAGCAAGCAGUUCACGAGGUACCAUCGACCGUAAUCUUCCAAGAAGGGAGCAAGAGACCCAAGAGGACUGGAAGUUCUCUGCGUCCCUCUCCUAGGCAAUACAGCGAGGGUGCAGAACCUCAGCUCUUCCAAGAUUUGCCUUCAAAAAACAUAUCCAGAAAAGGGCUUUCGGCCAGGGAAAGGGGAAUCCUGUCUGAAUGUAGCAUUUCACUGGAACAAACAUGUCUCGAGUGCCAUCAGGCUGGAACUGAACACUAUACCUUGCGCGGCUCAGCAAUACGCCUCUGCUCUGGCGCCAGCACACCUGCCAGGAGACCACGCACGUGUGAAUGAACGGUUCGUUCCCAGCUCCCUUUCUCAGCCCUGACGGGCCCAGUUCUCAGCUGUACAUACCCUUUUGAGGGUGCAACUCCUUCAUUUCCUCCUCCUUAUCAAGACAGGGGGAAAAAAAAGGCAGCUCUAGUGUUGGAAAGCUGAGGAACAGAGAGUGGAUGUGCCAGGAAGCAUGUGUGUAUAUUAGCUGUGUACAGAGAACCCUGCGCAGAUGCUCGACCUGGCAGACAACUGACAAGUGACUCGUAAUUUUUUUGGUUUUGCUUGCGUCUCUGUUGUGUCCUUAAUGUCCUGAAUCACUA